AUGGCCAAGAAUGAUUCAGACAAACCUCGAGGUCCUCCUCCAAAUGGACUUCCCGAGCCAGAGAAGCUCCCCCCGGCGCUACAAAAGAUAGUUGACAAGGCAGAUAAGGAGGACAACUUCUAUGACGAGCUGUACGAUGGAACUGCUCCUCAGUCUACAGAAUCCAGCAUCCGAUAUGCAGCAUAUACCACUCGUAUACGGACAGCUCUGCUGGCUGCUCAAAGAUAUGUGGCCUACACCUCAGAUAUUGGAGAGUCUUUCAGACCAGUCGCCCACCCAAACCUCGUACGGACCGCAUACGGAAUUUCUUGGGCAUACAUCCUUGGUGACGUGGGACAUGAAGGUUACAAGGCAUACUGCAGCAAUCAAAGGACCUUGCACCCAGAACUACCUCGAGAAGCUGCGCACGAGCGGUAUAACGACGCAAAAACAGACAUAAAAAUGGUUGCACAUGAUGCUGGAGUUGAACUCGUUCCGCAAAAAGUCACUCCCCUGAAUGACUACAGAACAGUCAUGGCACAACGGUUCAUCUUUCAGGCCAUUGCUUCUAUGGGUCUCCCUGCGUUCACCAUCCAUUCUAUCGUACGGUACUCAGGCAGAGCAUUGAAGAAUUCCAAGAAUGUCAGACUUCGGACCUUUGGCCCGAUAGGGUUGGGGUUGGCAGCUGUGCCCGCCUUGCCCUUCCUAUUCGAUAAGCCUGUGGAGGAUGUCGUUGAAUGGGUGUUCCACAAAGGAUUUGAGACCGUGGGUGGAAAGGAAUACGUUGGAGAUGCUCCAUCGAUUGGUAGAGAGCAGGCUCUGGAGCAAAAACAUCAAAGGGGGAACAAGGAGAAAGAGUUGUAA